GACGGGAAUUUAAAUAGUAGAAAGCUUUGUUCUUGACAAAUCAGGGAGGAAAAAUAUUACUAUAUUUGGUUCCCUGGGCGGGAGAGAACUAUUUAAAAGCACGUAAUUGCAAAAUUCUUGGAGAGUUGUAAACCAAUUUCAGUGAACUCUUCCCUUUUGGCGAUGAAUCUGCAUUAACAAUUAUAUUUAAAUGAGGGCACUGAAGGAAGGGCUCAAAUUUCAUGCCAAUGCCAUAAAAUCGGGUCUCACCCCAAAUAUUUUCACAGCCAACCAACUCAUUCACUUGUACUCAAAGCUAGGUUUUGUCGGAGAAGCUUGUAAACUGUUCGAUGAAAUGCCCGAACGAAAUGUGUACACUUGGAAUGCCAUUAUAAACGCUCAUAUCAAAUCCCAAAACUUCACUGCUGCACAAUUCUUCUUUGAUUCUGCUCCAUGUAAAGAUUCGGUCACCUACAAUUCGUUGAUAAGUGGGUAUGCAAACUCGGAGGGACAUGAAAAUAUGGCUCUGAAUUUGUUUGUUCAAAUGCAAUACGAGAGUGAGAGUGUUAAGGUGGACGAGUUUACACUAACUACACUGCUUAAUUUGGUAGCUAAGUUAAGGGUUUUAUGUUAUGGGAGGCAGUUACAUUCAUAUAUGGUGAAGACUAAUAAUGAUUCUAGUAGGUUUGCAGUUACUUCUUUGAUAGAUAUGUACUCUAAAUCUGGAUGUUAUGAGGAUGCGUGGAGUGUGUUUAAUGGUAGCGGUGGUCAAGGGGUGACAGAUGUAGUCGUGAAGAAUGCAAUUCUGGCAGCUUGUUGCAGAAAAGGUGAGUUGGAAUUGGCUCAGGAAAUAUUUUCGACUCAGCUGGAGUUGAAUGAUAAUGUAUCUUGGAACACGAUGAUCUCGGGAUAUGUUCAGAAUGGGUGUGAGGACGAGUCGAUAGAGCUGUUUAAGUGCAUGGCAGAUGAGGGUUUUAACUGGGAUGUCCACACAUUUGCUACUGUCUUGAAUGCAUGUUCUACUUUGAAGAGUUUGAAGCUUGGGAAAGAAAUUCAUGCUUGGGUUCUGAAAGAAGGGAUGUUGGCUAGUCCCUUUAUAGCCAGUGGCAUUGUAGAUGUUUAUUGCAAGUGUGGUAAUAUGGGGUACGCUGAGUCUGUUCACAAGACAUUUGGAACGAGAAAUUCGUUCUCAAUUACUUCGAUGAUUGUUGGAUACUCGACAAGGGGUAGCAUGCUAGAAGCCAGAAGGCUUUUCGACUCAUUGGCAGAGAAAAAUAUUGUCGUUUGGACAGCCAUGUUUUCUGGGUACGUGAAAUCACAGCAAUACGAGGAUGUUUUUCAUCUUUUCCGAGAGUUUCAAAACAAGGAAAGAACAGUUGCAGACGCUUUGAUCGUUGUCAGCCUGCUUAGUGCCUGUGCAACACAAGCCUCUAUAGAUCUUGGUAAGCAAAUUCAUGCACACACAUUGAGAAUGAGAAUCAAAACUGAUGAGAAAACUGUUGGUGCCUUGGUUGAUAUGUAUUCAAAAUGUGGGAAUAUAAGCUAUGCAGAGAGUACUUUCCAAAGAGCUAGAGCAAAAGAUUUAGUAGUUUACAAUGUAAUGAUAGCCGGUUAUGCUCACCAUGGAUAUGAAUAUGAAGCUAUCAAGCUUUUUCAGGAAAUGAAACAAACAGGCCUUCAACCCGAUGCUGUAACUUUUGUUGCAAUUCUAUCAGCUUGUCGGCAUUGUGGUUUAGUAGAAGAAGGUGAGAUGUAUUUUUCGUCAAUGACAGAAGAUUAUGCAAUAACUCCUGAAACCGACCACUACGCAUGUAUGUUAGACUUGUAUGGAAGGUCGAAUCAACUCGAAAAGGCAGUAGCCUUUUUCGACAAGAUGCCUAUUGAGCCGGAUACCAUAAUAUUGGGCACGUUUAUGAAUGCUUGCAAAAUGAAUCGAAAUCUUGAACUCGCAAGAAUGGCGGAGAACAAGCUAUUGGAAGUCGAAGGGGAUAAUGGAGCAAGGUAUGUGCAGUUGGCUAAUGUGUAUGCGUCUGAGGGGAAGUGGGACGAGAUGAGGAGGGUGAUGAAGAGGAUGAGAAGGAAGGCAGCGAAGAAGCUCACGGGACGUAGUUGGGUACACGUUGGGAAUGAUGUUCAUGUUUUUAAGUCCGGUGACCGAUCUCACUCUGAAGCCGAGGCUAUAUAUUUCACUCUAGAAUGCUUGAUUCAAGAACUGUGUGAUGUACUUGCAUUUGAUAAUUUGAUAUAAGAAUCUCGUGCAUGGACUAACCGUCAAAUGUGCUAGUGCUAUUCAUAUUGAUAC